AGGGCCCCCGCAGACUGCAGACUUUUUAUCGGCCGAUAGUUUGGUCGGUUUCUUAAUCAGUAUGGAGAGGAAUGCAUAUGCGCACACUACAGCGAUUCAGUAUCGGCCGAUAAAAAAGUUUGAUGGGCUACUCGAUUACAUUCAAACUAAUCUGUCGGCCAACUGUCGGCCGACUGUUUAAUCAGUAUUGGCGCAUACACGCCUGCGCAUACACGACGAUUGUUUAGUCGGCCGAUAGUUCAGUUCGCUCUGUGAUUUGGCGUCGUGUGCUUCUAUUCAAUAUGGCUUCGCCCAAAUCACAAUUGUUGAUUAUAGAAAGUUCCGUCGAAAACUUAAUUGAAGAAGUCGAGAAAAGACCUGCGCUUUAUAAAAAAAGUUUAAAGGAGUACUCCGACGCGAAUAUGAAGAAAAAACUGUGGGAGGAAGUUUGCGAAGCAGUUGUUGUUGAUUGGAAUUCGCUUAGCGCUGAGGAGAAAACAAACAAAGGUCGUGAUGUGCAAAAAAAAUGGGCUAAUUUAAGGACUUGCUAUCGUCGCGAAUUAAACGCUCAAAAGAACACUAAGUCGGGGCAAGCUGCGAAUAAAAGGCGUAAAUAUGUCUACUUUGAACAGUUAUUAUUUUUACUUCCAUGCAUGGAAAACCGACUUACUGAAGGUAACCUGGAAGAGGAAAAUUUUCUAUCAAAUGAUGAGCAUGAUGAUCAAGCUGGUUCAUCCACUCCCACCCCUAUUCGUCAGCGGAAAAAGAGACCUAAUGUACCGAAGCAGACGGACGUGGAUGAAGCAUUAUUAAAGGCAUUAAAUGAGCCUAAUACUGAUGAAGAUGUGAACUUCGCUUUGUCACUGGUCCCUUCACUCCAAAGUUUAACCGCAGAAGAAAAACUUGAUGCUAAAAUAAGUAUUCUUAACGUUUUUAAACAGAUAAGAUCAGCUAGGUGCGCUCAGUCUCCGCCAACAUGUACGUACAACAGAGUUCAGCAACUUGUACUCUUUUCCAAUUUCGCAACCGACAACCAUUCGAAACAUUUCAUCACCUGGCAACUCCAACGAUACAGCCCAGUCUUAUUAUUCAAAUUUUUCAGAUGAAUCGCAAAUAUAUGACUUGUAAAUAUUUUCCGAAUUUUGUAAUAUUAUUCUAAUAAAAAUAGUUGAAAAGUA